AUGAAAAAUCUUGGUUCGCGUUGGACGGUCCCCGACAUAGCACGCACUGCCGCAGCGCGUUCGUCAUUUCUCGUCGCCAUUUCGUUGGAACGAGAUUCAGGUAGCCGCAGCAGCAGCAGCAGCAGCAGCAGCAGCAUCCGCAACAGGAACAAAACUAGAAGUAGCGGUAGCAGCAGCAGCAGCAGCAGCAGCAGCGACAGCAACGGCAUUAGCAGCAGUAGCAGCAUCAGCAGCAGCAGUACUCGCGUGACGGCGAUCGACAAGAAGAGGGAGAGCAAGAGCAGCGGCAGAUCGGCAAUCGACGUGCUGCACGGAGCGCCCUUAUCCGUCCGACCGUACGUAACGGCGUCGUGUGACCGCAUCGUCGGCACGACGCGCCCGGAAUCGACGACGCCCAGGAACCGGCCGGUAGCCGGCAAGUCGCGCCGCUUUCAGCACCGGACCCGUCAGCAACUCUACUACCCCCCCGCGUCGUGGAACACGCGCACACCACACUUCAGGAACUGUUAG